GGGAGACGCCGGAGCCGGCCCGCCCGGCGAGCUCCGCACCAGGCCCCGGCAGCGCUGCUGUCCUCGGGAAAACACGCCCCAGGCCACUUCCCCCGACUGCCGUCACCCGCGGCGCGCUCGUCCCUCUUCCUCUCCCAGUCCGGCUGGCGUCACCGUCCCCCGAGGCCCGGACCCCACCAUUCCCGACCGCGGGCUCCGCCUCCGAGCCGAGCACGGCCCCUCGUGACGCCUCGGACGGCGCUCGCCGAGCUCACUCGAGGCGAACCGUCCCCGGGGCGGCACGACCAGUCGCCUUCGCUCGCCCGCCGGCCGCCUUGCUUGCUGCCCCGCCCUGCAGCCUGUUCGCCCGGCUGCCCCUUCCAACCCCUGCCCGUGGGACCGGCCGCUCGGCCCUCGCAUGCAGGGCGCCCGCCCCCGGGACAGCGCGGGCGCAGGCGCAGGCGCGCGGGGCAUCACGGGGCUUGUAGUUCGCACGCGGAAGGGCCGCGCUCCUGCCCUGCGCGCGCGCCUCCGCGACACUACAACUCCCACGGGGCAGUGGGCCGCGGGAGCCCGCGCCGACCGACUGGCCCGGCCGCUCCUCGCAGUGGGGCCGCCGGAAGAUGGCAGAGGUGCCCGUGGGCAAGGAUAAGUGCGGAGAGCGGCUCGUCUCGCUGCCCCUGUCCCGCAUCCGAGUCAUCAUGAAGAGCUCCCCCGAGGUGUCCAGCAUCAACCAGGAGGCGCUGGUGCUCACGGCCAAGGCCACGGAGCUCUUCGUGCAGUACCUGGCCACCUGCUCCUACAGCCAGGGCGGCGGGCCCGAGCGGAAGGCGCUGACCUACAGCGACCUGGCGAGCACCGCGCAGCGCUCGGACGCGCUACAGUUCCUCGCAGAUAUAUUACCGCGGAAGAUCUUGGCGAGCAAGUACCUGAGGAUGCUGGCGGAGCGGAGGGGCGAGGAGGCGGAGGAGGGCGGCAGCGACGAGGAGGCCGCGCCUUGAGCCCGGGGCCCCGACCCCGGGUCCCCGCCGGCUGGAGCCCGGGGCCCGGAGCCCAGAACCCUGAGCCCGGGCGGGCCCCGGUUCCCGGCUCGCCCUGCGCGUUCCCGCACUGCCAGGUGCAGGCUCUGUCUGGUGUUUUAACAUUGUGGUUGGCUCUUUGCCCAGAUACUAUUUUUUUAUUGUAAAGCACCGUGUUUGCGUUUUCUAUUAAAGACCGGUCCGUAUUCUCACA